AUGUGUGCCUUCUCUGUCAGUGUCCUCCAAAACGACGCCGUUGACUUCAAGCCUACGCUUCCCCGCUGGAAGAGAGAAGCCAUUCAGCAGAUACAGAUGGGAACAUACACGAAAAUCUUUAUGCAGUUCAACGAGGCGUUUUGGCCCGAGGACACACAGUACUUCCUGUACGCUGACCCAGAACAACGCGGCUGCUACCCAUUGUUUUGGUCUCUGAGUACACCGGGUUUCAUUCCAGGGUCAAAUAUCCUGUUUGGCACAGCUGUGCAACAGCAGGCUUACGAAGCUGAGCAACAGUCAGAUUCAAAGACCAAGAAGGAGAUCAUGAAGGUACUGCGUUCUAUGUUCCCCGAUAAGGACGUUCCCGAGCCCACCGCAUUUAUGUUACCCGAUGGAGUAUGGAAGAGGGGUCGUACCGGUCCUAUAUUAACUGGCCCGUUGAUCAGGCUCGUACGUGUGCUUCCGCCUUCACCCCAUGACACCCGCCUUUCUCUCGACCUCCGCCACGGCUACAUCGAAGAUGGAACCUACUCGGCACUCUCAUAUGUUUGGGGCGAUGCAUCUGAGCAGCAGUACAUUCUUGUCAAUAGAGUGUUAUUUCGUAUACGCAGGAACCUCUACCAGGCCUUGAUGCAACUUCGCAGUAAUGGCGUCACCGGAUGGCUCUGGAUUGAUAGCAUAUGCAUCCAACAGAAGAAUAUUGAUGAGAAGAGCUAUCAAGUCGGGAUGAUGAGAGAGAUUUUCAGCAGUGCGUCUCGUGUGUACUCAUGGCUAGGCGAAGGCACACUCAGUACCGAUGCCGCGAUGGACUUCUGUGCUCGCAUCGGACCGAAAGCCUUUAAGAUUGAAAUCGACAAAAGAUUUGAUGCCUAUCUUGUUUCCUACCUUAAGAAGCUCUUUGCCUAUCCCAAAGACCCUUUUCAUUUGAACCUCGAGGUCAUUCGACCAUUUGUUUCUAAACCCGAAUUGGCGACCUUUUUUGUCGGCCUCAUACAAGACACUUGCCUCAAACCGCAAAAGUCGGGUUGUAACGACAUAUCAAAAGGACUGUAUGACAUGAUGGGGCGGACGUAUUGGACGAGAAUCUGGAUCAAUCAAGAAGUUGCCCUAGCGAAGAGCGUCCUUAUCAUGUGUGGAGGCAAAUCGGCGUCACUGGAGUUCAUUGAGCAGACACUUAGGUCACUUGAACUCUGUAGCCGCUUGUACAGAUUUAUGCCUCUAGAUGCCUCAAGAGAUCUCUUUCAUAUGGGUUCACGGGGCAUUUCUAUAAAAUUACCUAUCUUGACGCGGCGUUUGUAUCAACAAGGGCAAAAGAUACCAUUGUCACGGCUACUUUGUCAUGGCCUUUCAGGGCCUCCUCCGCAAUUAUAUACCGCAGCCGACCCCAGAGAUCUUAUAUUCGCCCUCCUUGGAGUCAUAACUGAAAAUGGCAAGUUAGGUCUCAAAGCCGACUACCGUUUGUCGGUGAAAGAGGUAUUCACUGUGGCAACAAGGGCCAUGUAUGAAUGUGAUACAGACCGCCUUGACAUAGAUCUAUGCAUGCCGAGCGAAGAUCGACAGGAUGAAAUACCGUCGUGGGUGAUUGACUGGCGCAAAGGUGGACCCAACGGCUGCCAGAUGUGGCCCAUCAACCCUACAAGAACAAUGUAUCAUGCAUCUGGGAACAUUGAUAAUCCCGCCCCAGUAUUUCUUGAUGGCGAUAAUCAGUCCGGUAUCCUUCGCAGAUAUGGGUAUUUAGCGGAUUCGAUAACAGACGUAUGGCAAGGCGGUGAGGACUGUUCUGCAUAUGUCCCGGGAGAGAGUGAGAAUGAGAAUUUGCGCCGAAUAUCAUCAAUCAUCGACUUUGUACAACUGCCAGAAACCUCCGGACCUAGUGAGGACUAUGUGUGGAGGACUCUCCGAUCUCGUGAUGCAGCUUUGGAGGAUAAUCAUCCCAAAGUUCGUUCACUCAUUCGUUCUGUGAUGCGACAGGAAUCAAUAAGCAGCGAAAGUCUUACCGCCUCGCAGAUUGCUUACCUAGACACAGUGCCAUUGUCAUUUUCAGAAUCACCAAACUGGACUUUAGCUGAAAAACUUCCCCAUGCAGUCGACCGAAUCCAACGCGGUGCCUUUUUCGCAAUGCAAGGGAGAUCUCUAUUCAAGACACAGAAGGGGAUGUUUGGCCUAGGUCACGAGUAUAUACAGCCAAAGGACGUCGUAACACUUCUUUUUGGCACUGGUCCUCCCAUUGUACUCCGUCCACGUGAUGAGGGAGGUUUCACCUUUGCAGGAGAUGCGUAUGUAGAUGGAAUCAUGCAGGGAGAAUUUCUCCAAACGAACCCUGUUGAACAAGAAUUCGUUAUAUACUAG